AUGCCGCUGAUAACUCUUGCUUCGAACGUUCCCGCGAGUAGAUUUCCGAGUGAUUUCAAUGUUCAGUUCACGGAGUUAAUGGCGAAAAUGCUAGGAAAACCAACAAGUCGGAUACUUUUACUGGUAAUGCCAAAUGCACAAUUAUCACAUGGCACCACUGAAAAUCCAUCAUGUUUUACAGUGGUCAGUUUAAUUUAUUAA